UUUACCUUGCUUCGCUUAUGAGAAGCUCUUCGUGAAAGGAGUGAACUAGAUUGUUUCCUUGAAUUGCCUGUGUUUGUUCUUUGCUGUACAGAGUCAAAGGGGCGAUCUGGUUCACUUUGAAAAGCACAUCGAUUUGGUGCUUGAAUUAGCCGUGGAGAAUUUGACUGUUAAUUUCCCGGUACACGACCUGGCGUGCCCGAGUCCUGUUUGUUGGGCUGGUGUUUUUCAUUCUGUUAUUGUUAGAAGCUGCUCGCUUGUGAAAGACUGUAUCCCAGUUGAUUUGAGAAGGUGUCAAAACUGAAACUUCUGUCCUAGAGAGCUAGGGAAGCAGCAGACCUGCAGCGGACAGAAUCGUGUUGUUUUGUUCCAGCAAAAGGAGUGACGCUAGCCCUGGAAUCUGGCAUCCUUCUGUCCAUUUGUUUGAGAAGAAACUUGUGAAAAAAAAUUUCUGUUUCCACCCUGCAAACUGGAAAGUAUCUUCUGGCAUAACUGUGGUCGCUGACUACUUGAUCUUCUGCCUUGUGCUAAAUUUAGGGACAAAAGAGGUUUGGUGUGUUUUUGAACAGUGAGGUGGAACGAUCGAACUUUCCACUGUGAGUUUAAUUUAAAAAUAUAUCCCACGAGGCUUCGAUACGAGAGCUGUACAAGAUUUUAAACAGAUAGAAAUUGAGAUUUUGUAAACUAGCAUUAAUCAUGGCAGAACCUUCAAUUAAAAAGGAAGAGCUACAGUCGUUGCAUUCGUUCGACUCUAUGGAUUUCAAUACAGUCGCCGAUUUUUCAGAUAUUUCUGUCAGAGAUCUUACCUUGCUGAUGGAGCACAGGGGACAUGAAGCAAGAGAUUACUUAAAUUCAAACUUUGGAGGCGUGCAGAAGCUUAUCCACAAGCUGCACACUUCUUCCGAGAGAGGAAUUGGUGGAUUUGCCGAUGACCUUGAAAAUCGCAAGAAAGUGUUUGGUUAUAAUUUCAUUCCACCAAAACCUCCCAAAACCUUCCUCCAGUUUCUCAUUGAUGCCUUCAAGGAUACCAUCCUAAUAAUUCUUACCGUUGCAGCGGUCGUGUCCCUUCUUUUAGGAAUUUUUGCGCCAGAGGAUUGCGAGGGGUCGGAAGACAACACUGGCUGGAUCGAUGGCUUCGCUAUUAUUGUUGCGGUGAUAAUAGUGGCAUUAGUGACUGCAGUGAAUGAUUAUCAAAAAGAGCAGCAGUUUCGAGGCUUGCAGAAUAAAAUCGAAAGCGAACACAGAUUUACGGUGGUGAGGCAUGGAGAACCAAUUGAAGUACUUAACAGCGAAAUAGUUGUAGGUGACCUUUGCCAGGUCAAAUAUGGUGACUUAUUGCCAGCUGAUGGUGUUGUUGUUCAGUGUAAUGACUUGAAAGUUGAUGAGAGCUCUCUGACAGGGGAAUCAGACCUUGUUAAGAAAGGACCAGAUAGAGACCCACUGUUACUUGCUGGAACCCACGUUAUGGAAGGAAGUGGUAAGAUGGUGGUUUGUGCUGUGGGACUGAAUUCACAGACAGGAAUAAUCUUUUCCUUACUUGGAACACAUGGUGAUAAAGGAGAAGAGAAGCCAGAUGGAAGGGGUGGGGAAGCACCACAGUCACCAUUCAUUAAAACCAGUCAGGAUGACUUUGAGGAUAUCAACUUGGAUGAGGAGAAAGAUUUUGAUUCUAAUGGAAAGGAGAAGAAAGACAAGGAUGAGAAAUCCAUUCUUCAAGGAAAGUUGACAAAACUGGCUGUCAGUAUUGGUUGGUUAGGUGUGGCUGCUGCCCUCCUAACAAUUAUAGUCAUGGUUCUGCAGUUCAGCAUCAGAAAGUAUGUAAAUGAGAAAGCUUCUUGGCAGAAUCAGCACUUAAAUGCUUACGUCAAUGCCUUUAUUACUGGUCUAACUGUGUUAGUUGUAGCUGUACCUGAGGGUCUGCCACUGGCUGUUACAAUCUCUCUGGCAUACUCUGUUAAGAAAAUGUUGGAUGACAAUAAUUUAGUCAGACAUCUUGAUGCCUGUGAAACCAUGGGCAAUGCAACAGCCAUCUGCUCGGACAAGACAGGAACUCUAACCACAAAUCGCAUGACUGUAGUUCAGAGUUAUCUAGCAGACAAUCAUAACAAAGAAGUGCCCAAACAAGGACAGCUGCCACAGACACUGGUUGAGUUGCUUUGUAAAGGAAUUGCAAUCAACAGUAGCUAAGCUUCCAAUAUACUGCCUUCAGAUCUUCCUGAUGGUCUCCCAACACAAGUUGGAAAUAAAACUGAAUGUGCAUUGCUUGGCUUUGUACUUGAAAUUGGUGAAACUUAUCAAGAUUACAGAGAUAACAACCCAGAAUCUAGUUUUGUUAAGGUCUACACAUUUAACUCUGCAAGGAAAUCAAUGACAACAGCUGUACAGCUCCCCGGUGGAGGAUUUCGAAUAUAUUCCAAGGGUGCAUCUGAGAUAAUGUUGAAUCGCUGUACAUCCAUUAUUGGCAAAGAUGGUGAAAUCAGGCCCUUCACAGCAGCUGAUGCUGAAAACAUGGUGAAAGGUGUAAUCGAGCCAAUGGCCUCUGACGGUUUGAGGACCAUCACCUUAGCUUACAGAGAUUUUCCAGCCAAUGGAGUUCCUCCUGAGAAAGCUGGAGAAGCUAGUGCAGAACUAGAACCAGACUGGGAAAAUGAAGGUGAAGUGCUGUCUCACUUGACAUGCAUUGGAGUUGUUGGAAUUGAAGAUCCUGUGCGCCCUGAGGUACCAGAUGCUAUUUUAAAAUGCCAGCAUGCAGGAAUUGUUGUGCGCAUGGUCACAGGUGAUAAUGUUAACACUGCCAGAUCCAUUGCUUUCAAAUGUGGCAUCCUGCAACCUAACAGUGAAUUUCUGGUACUGGAAGGCAAAGAGUUCAAUAAACUCAUCCGCGACUCUUCAGGGAAGGUCAGCCAGAAGAAGUUUGAUGAAGUGUGGCCCAAGUUACGUGUGUUAGCUCGUUCCUCACCCCAAGACAAGUAUACUCUUGUGAAGGGCAUUAUUGACAGCAAGCUUAAUCCAACACGGGAAAUUGUGGCUGUAACUGGCGAUGGCACCAAUGAUGGUCCAGCACUCAAGAAAGCUGAUGUUGGCUUUGCCAUGGGUAUUGCAGGAACAGAUGUUGCUAAAGAGGCAUCUGAUAUCAUUCUGACUGAUGAUAACUUUAGGAGCAUUGUUAAAGCUGUUAUGUGGGGGCGCAAUGUCUAUGACAGCAUCUCAAAGUUUUUGCAGUUUCAGUUAACAGUGAACUUGGUUGCUAUCAUUGUUGCCUUUGUUGGUGCUUGUGUUGUUCAGGUAAGUCCACUGACUGGCACACAGCUUCUUUGGGUGAACCUUAUCAUGGACUCCUUUGCAUCACUGGCCUUAGCUACAGAGCCACCAACAGAAGACCUCCUACAACGGAAACCCUAUGGACGCACCAAACCACUCAUCUCGCGUACAAUGAUUAGGAACAUUCUUGGUCAUGCAAUUUUCCAGCUGAUUGUCCUGUUUGUCUUGGUAUUCCUGGCAGAUGAUUUAUUUGAUAUAGAAGAUGGUUACUUGGAAACAACACGUUGUAAACCAACAGCUCACUCUAGUGUGGUUUUUAAUACAUUUGUUAUGCUGCAGCUCUUUAAUGAAAUUAAUUCACGUAAAGUUCAUGGAGAAAGAAAUGUGUUCUCUGGCAUUACCCAUAAUCCAGUGUUUCUUAUUAUCAUGGCAGGAACAUUUGUUGUGCAGAUACUAAUAAUUGAGCUGACUGGGAAGGCCUUCCAUGUAACAGGACUGGGCUGGGAAGAAUGGCUUUGGUGUGUCUUCCUUGGAUUUUCUGAGUUGCUAUGGGGACAACUAGUCCUUACAAUUCCUAAGACAUCAUUCCCAAAACUGUGUCGAUUUGGCACGAAAGAACUUCCCCUUGCGACAAUAGUGGAACCUGAUGGAUCAAAAGACAGCAAGGCUCGUCUGUUGUGGAUACGUGGUCUGACAAGAUUGCAACACCAAAUCCGAGUGGUAAAUGCAUUCAGAAGUGUUAUUGAUGGACGAAGUCAAAGAGCCAUUGCAUCUCCAGCAGUAUUUAAUUCUCUGCUAGCCCCAGUACGCACAGCAAUGGUCUACGAUGAUUCACAGUAUCCAUCUGCCUUGGAUAGUACUGAACCAGAAGCUGGAGCUGAAGCAAUACCGCGGUGAUCAUGAUUGCUGUGGAAGUCCCUGUGGACAGACUAAAAUUCUCCUCCUCUGUUUUAAUCUUUUUGGUGUCCAGAGUAGAUCUAUAGUGCCAAAUAGAAAAUUCUAACUGAAUGAUGUCUUAAUCUAAUUUGCAAGAAAUCUAAGUCAACUCAGUUGCUGUAAAGUGCAUAAAAUGAUUGAGGAGCUCUUUAUACUUUUUCUUGCUCAGAAAAGCCAUUGAAUUUGCCACAGAUUGUCAGUGAUGUAUAUGAUAGUGGUUUAAAAUUCAGUGGUUGAUAGGAUCAGUAUGCAUUUACAUUUCCUUUAAGGUGACCUUCUGUAAACUUCAUUUUUUAUACCACGAUUGAAUUUGUCAUCAUUUGGUUUUCUGGAUCCUUAGUUAAUCAUCAGAGAGUAUUUCCCUCUUUCCCUAAGUGUUGGAAGAGUUUUCAAAGCAAAAGAAAUAAAUGUGCUGUGAUUAUCAAGGGAUUGAAUCUUUCAUUUAUAUAAAAAAAAUUCAUAAUAGGUCCUCGUAGCAUGGAAUGAUAUUUUGAUGUGUUCAAAACGUUUGAAAUUGAUUGGUGAGACAAAAAGUAGAAGCAACUGUUGAACUAAAAUAUGCACUUUUUGGUGAUAUUUAUAUAAUUAUAUCAGAGGGCUGCAAUUGCAAUGUCAUCUUUGCAUUGUAUUGUUGUUUAAAAGGUUGGUCAGAACUUUACUGUUCAGCAAAAUCUCAAUGUUCAAGGAUUCUACCAGAAAUUUGAGUAACUGGACCCAUUUGUUACUUUUGCACCUUGCAUUUUAAAUGUUUUUUAUUGUUUUCCCACUCUGACACUUUCAUACCAGGAAAGUUAUCAAAUUAAACAUGUCUUCCAAAAAUAAAAAAAUAGGCAUCUCACCAAAUUGUUAAUUUUUUUCUCUUUCUCCUUGGAUGGUUUGACAGAAUCCUCUACUAAGAGAGAAAUGGUAGGUCUAUUUUCCCCCUUUUUCCAAUUAAAUGCAGAGGUGGCAGUCUUGUUGAAACACGAGCCAACCAUUUCAGGUGACAAAGGUCAAAUCCCUUUAUGUAUAUUUAGAAAGUUCUGGGUCUCCAAGGAAACAGAGCAAGAAAUAGUUGUCUGUGGAACUAACCAGACCUCGGAAGCUUUUUAGAUAAAAUAUGCUGAUGACUCUAAGGCGGUAGUUGUUGAUAAAAUUAAUUUCAAUUUCAGUACUAUGAAAGUAUGGUAGAGUUGCAGUCUUUUCCAGAUCAUAGCAUAGCAACAGUGUACUCAUAGCUGUCUAUUUCUAUUUUUUUAAAAUUGAUUGCUUCCAACAGCAUUUCAAUAUUUAGAUGUUAAGAUGAACAAGUUGUCUAUUUUUAAUCAAUUAUUUAUUUGCUGUGUAAUGAUUCAAGGUGGGGAUUCAAUUGAGUCUCACCAUAGUGUAUUGAAUGUACUGACCAUAGUGUAUUGAAUGUACUGUAGUAUUCUAUAAGGAUCCUUUGCAUUAUCAUUAUGAUAAAGAUAUUACAGGGAACUCCCAUUUAAUAAGUGUAAUAAAAGGAUAAAUCUUACG